AUGACACCCAGAAAGCGUCCUAUUAGGAGGAAGGGACGUUGUAGACGCACUUCAACCUCUACGUGCCCGAAGGAAGGGCGGAGGUCUCAAAGGGCGGAAGCGGAAACGGAGGUUACAGACACUGGCUCUAGAGCUGGGGACAGAACUGAGGCCUCCGCAGAACCAAAGACGCCGGCUGAGGAGCUUUUAUCGCUUGCACCCAUUCAAGCACCUCCGUCAGCCUGCGUCACAUUUUGCGGAUGGCAACCGAAUACUGUGAAAACGGAAUUAGCAAUAUUCCUAGGUGCAAACAAACCAUCGAACAACAUCUCAACUGCCAACAAGCGAAAAUCGGCCAAGCAUAAGUCCAGUCGCAAGUCUAAGCCUGUUGGAAGUUCAUUCAAUUUACUGUCUACGGCCGGUGACUUCCGCAGCGAUGCUGAGAAAUUUGAGAACGCCACCAUUAACGAACAUAUUGAGAAAUAUCGGGAAAUGAAACUCACGCAGCUAAACAAGAAGAGCUUCAUUAUGGCUCCCAAACUGCCAAUCGCCACCCUGGACAUCAGCGCAGCUGCUGGAGAUCUGUCCAAGUACGUAAGCUCAGAGGAAGAUUGUUCAAUGUCCGUUUUUUCUGUUAAGGCCAGUAAAUGCUGCCUUAGACUCCCGAAUAAAAUGGCUUAAAACUCAUAGUGAGUCGAUGCUGCAUCGGUAAGUUAGUGGUGAUUCCAAAACUUUUAGGCUUCUUCCAGAGCGCAAACUGAACUAAGUCCAAAAAGGCUGCCAAUCACAACUCCCGUGACUCUGUGAGGAAAGCAACUGAUUUAUAGUUGACAGUACGUUUGCUGGCAGAACUUCGGAUUUCGUCAAGCCUCUUAAUCUUGAAAUAUAAUCUGGACCUUAAUUUUACUGUUUUGGCUUGAACCGAAGUACGUGAACCUUGGUAGGCCUCAGCUGUCCUUCUUGAGCAGCAUAACUAAUACUCAAGUUCUCUGACUUUACAAUCAUUUAUAAUUAAACUGCAAAGGAAUCCGACGAGAAGACUUUCCGUCUUAGAAAGCUACAAUAAGCAUACUGGGCGUGGCGUCAAUCAAAAUUUGGAAGUAAUCUAACUGCGACAAUGCCCUGCUUUUCUUUCUUAUACUUACAGGGCUCUGAAAAAGAUUUUUUGACGUUCAGCUCUAAUUUAUAUUCUAACCUCGCUUCUCUUAACAUGUGAGCUAUCUGUGUUUGUAGAACUAAUGGAAGUUGACAUCCUCCUAUUUUAAUCAUUAAGGCAGCUGAAGCUCAGUGUGCCACAUGGGAACGACAGUGGAAUUUUGCCCCGUCUGCCGAAGCUAGUUGAGCGCUGA